GCUCCCCGUUGUUGCUUAUUUCUAAUGUAAAAAAAAAAAAUUGAGCUCAUACUCGCCUUUUUUGUUUUCGAUUUACAUCUAUAAAGGUGCCCUGGAAAUGCGCCGGCAACUGUUUGUUAUGUUAAGAAGCCUGCUCGGUCUUAUUGUAAUUCACGAGGGACCUCGAAUAGAUCUUAAAAAAGGGGGUGGGUGGGCAGGACUGCUGCUGUGCUGCAAGGCAGCCCCGGCAAAAGUUCGUCCCGGGUAGAUUCAUGCAUGUCCCACAUGCGGUGUUUACACACUUGCAUGUUUAAUAUUUUUGUGGGGGCAUGUUAUUUGUUACCCUUUAGCAAUCAUAUAGCGCCUUCUUUCACUCACCGUCACCCAAAAACAGUGGAAACAUUGAGUAGUUUAGACCAGUCUCGUGGUGGCUCUAACUUGCCUACUUUUUAUUUACAAGCGUGGAAUUAAAUUUCGCAAUUGGUAAUAUAAUAACGUGUAAUGUUAUAAGCAGUAAAAUUCCUAAGUAAUAAGGUGAAAAUCGGUAGGAGUGAACAUUAGGAAAAAUUGCAACAAUAAAUAUUCAAUGCCUCUGCUCCACCCAUGAGAAGUGACCGUUGGUUAUUUUCAUAUUUGUCUGGGAAUAUUAUUUUAUUCUAGAUGCACACAUGCCCACCUUUACUUUUUUCUUUACGUUUAAUUCCUUUGCAUGUUUUGGUCAUCUCUUGUAUGAACUUGGUGGACCUGCAUGUCCAGCACCCAACACAGCAGCACAUUUCCAGCUGACAGAGUUCUGCAGUGAGGAAGGAUGUAAUGGGGCUUAUUUGGCCCGUAAACUCUGGGUGCAAAGGAUUUCAGAUGUGUUCUAGGUCUGUUGGAGUGAUCGCUCUUCAGAGUACAGAUGGAGACAAGAACUCAAAACGGCAGUGGUUCUCCUACCCUGCUGCAUUUUUUGCUUGACGGUGGGAGGCAGCAUAUGGGAGAAAUAGACACAAGAGAUGGAUUGAGUCCACAGGUUCAGGUGUUGUCACUUGAACAAAUCAGGAUAAUAAGAAGUACAAAUGAGUACACGGAAGGACCUAUGGUGGCUCCAAGGCCUGGGGUAAAGCCUGUCACUUCCCAGCCUCCCCAGCAGAAGACUGAAAGGGUGCAUGGAUUGAUGAGUGAGCAAGAGCAUCAGAGGUUUACACACAGAGGUCAACACCACCAUUCUUCACACUCUUCUCGAGUGCCCUUAACUCGAUCAACCAGUACAAUGAGUACUACUUCAAGGAGUAGUACCUCUUCAGAACAAAGACUUUUGGGAACAUCUCCCUCUCCGCCAGGUCAAAUUGCAGACCGGAUAAUCAGGGUACAGCCCAAGUCUCCGGAACUGAAGUCUGAUAUGCUGAAACCCUUGCACUUAGAAGAGGGUGGCAAACACAUGUACCGUUGUGAGGACUGUGGAAAGUGCAAGUGUGAGGAAUGCACCAAUCCCAGGACUCUGCCCUCCUGCUGGGUUUGUGACAAACAGUGCAUUUGCUCAGCUCAGAACCUGGUUGACUAUGGUACUUGUAUUUGUUGCGUAAAGGCCAUUUUCUACCACUGCUCUAAUGAUGAUGAACAUGACUGUGCUGACAACCCUUGCUCAUGCAGUCAGUCCAAUUGUUGUGUUCGGUGGUCUGCCAUGGGCUUCCUGUCCCUCUUUUUGCCUUGUUUGUUGUGCUACCUUCCAGCCAAGGGUUGCCUUAAAUUGUGCCAAGGAUGCUAUGAUUGUUUGAAACGACCAGGUUGCAGAUGCAAAAAUACAAACACAGUAUACAGAAAAGUCUCAAAUCCCUCACCUCGUAGUUAUGAGAAACCAACAUAAGAGGCACGGCUCUCUCAAGAACUGUCUUCAUACACAGCAAAAGCUAACAAAGUAGUUUGGGCACUGUAGUUAUCAAGGGGGGGUUUGGAUUUACUUAGUGAUUUGUAAGUGACCCACUUUUAGCUGCCAUUUUAAUUGGAAAAGCUUUUUGAUAAAUCCCAGCCUUUUUUCCCUUUAUUCUGAGGCUUAUAUACAGAGUGUUAACUGUUCAGAUUUCAAGUAACUGAUAAACUAAAGCUGCAAAAUCUUCUUGACCCUUUGUGUAUUGUUUGUGAAUAAUUCUUGAAAAAUAUGUAAAUUAGCAAAUUACUUUUUUCCAACCAGAGAUAAUGUUAUUAUAUUUUUGUAUAUAUAAAAUUGCAACUGUGAAAGAAUGGUGCCACACUUGGUGGCAUCUGGAUAAAAUAUUAUACUAAUAUGUUGUACAUUCGGUUGAAUGUGAAUCAAUCAGUAUGUUCUAGAUUAUAUUUUGCCUUACAAAAGCCACCCUUUGUGAAUCUUGUCCCCUCAGCCACUUGUAUAUUGUACAGUGACCAUACAAAAACAACCUUUAUUUUCUAAUUUUUUCAACAUAUUGUUUAGUGUAAAGAAUAUUUAUUUGAAGUUUUAUUAUUUUAUAUAAAAAGAAAUAUUUAUUUUAAAAGGCAUCCUAAAAUAUUGCCCUUUUUUAAAGAAAUCUUUUUUGUUGCUACAGAAAAGGGUGACAAAUCAGAUGCAUAUGUUCACUAUAAAAUAGAAAAUAUAUUAACGUUUGAAAUUAA